UACCUCCUCUUCCGCGUUGCUUCCUGUUUUGAAUGAACACCUGAAAAUAGUUGCUAGUAGCUAGCUGCCAAAUUAAUGCUCACGACUGAGUGUGUUUUCUUAGACAUUUUAACGCACUGUAGCUGUAUCGAUAGCAUUAACAUCCCCCUACCCAUGAGCCUCUGCAUGUGUCGAUAUGGACAGUCGAUGUUAUUGUUGUGCAUCCAAGUUUAGCCUCUUCAAGAAGGAGCUGGGCUGUAAGAACUGCGGCCGUUCCUUCUGCUCCAGCUGCUUGACUUUCAGUGCUGUGGUGCCUCGCUGUGGCAACACCCAGCAGAAGGUCUGUAAACAGUGCCAUGGUAAUCUGACCAGUGGGCCAUCUUCAACCAGUGCUGGCAGAUGGUCUCCUCCAGAAAACUAUAAAAAACGGGUCGCUGCACUUGAGGCCAAACAGCAAGGACAGCCAACACAGCCUGUGAGGACCAGCAAAGCAGGACAUCCACCAACCAGCGGCCUGAGCAAAGAAGAUCAGGCAAUUGCUGAAAGGCUUCAAAAGCUCAAGGAGGACACAGCACCUAGGUCUGUCCCCUCUGACAAAGAGCUCGAGUCCCGACUUGCUGCUCUGAAAGCUCCCAGCAAGCCAGUACCUUCUGCACAGGAGAUGGAGGACCGUCUGGCCACUCUGCGGGGUCUCCCUCCACCAUCUCAAGCUCCUCGACCUGUGCAUCAGCCUCCAGAAAACCGGACCCAGACUGAACAAGCCAAUGAUUUGAUAAGUCAGAUGACAGAGGAAGUUGCAAUUGACAACCAACAAUCAAAUCCUGAAUGCAGUGUAGAUGGCCGCAUGAAUGAUCUCAAUAAAGGUGAAGCAGGUACAUUGGAUGAGAAUUUGGAAGAGAACCAGGAUGCAGCCAAGCAGCUGGAGGCUGAGAAAGCCCAUCUGCUCGAGGAAGCUAUGGAGGAGCUGAGGAAAGAAAGUCACUCUCAAGAUCAGAUCCUGCACAUGGCAAAGAGGCUGGCACAGCUGAAGGGGCAGGACCCGGACAAAGUUACUAUGGAGGACUUCCAGCAACCUGACAGUGAAGAGGAGACUGAAGAAGAAGCUGUUAUGAGAGUGUUAAAACAGCUCUCAGAAGAAGCUACACUAGAUGAAGCCAGUGGCUACAACAUACCUUUAGAACAGAGUGGGCCAAGGAAUAGGGAAAAUAAAAAAUCGUCCAAGAAACCGGCUCCGCCUCCGGCACCUAAGAGCAGGAACCUACCUGCUGCCGAUGCACAUCAGCCGUCAGACAGUGACGAAGAAGAGCUUCCGUGGUGCUGCAUCUGUAACCAAGAUGCCAGCCUUCGAUGUCACACCUGUGAUGGAGAUCUGUACUGCAACCGCUGCUUCAGGGAAGGCCAUGAUAAAUAUGAUAGGAAGGAGCAUCGCACCACUAACUACACUGCGCCAAAGAAGAAGAGGGAGACAUGAUAGUGAAGCUAAGCUGCAGAAAGCAGACACGUCGUGAGCUCAUCUGGGAUGAUGUACAAUCCCAGACUGCUGUCAGCUCUG